UCAAAUUAAUAAGUGCCAUAAAGUUUCGAAUGUGCCCAACGCAAGAUAAUUUAGAUUUCAUUUUUUCAGGGCAUUAAGAAAUCCUGAUCUUUGGCUCUCGGUUUUAGUUUCAGUUCUUUUGUUCUAUGAGCUUUACAUUUCUCAUGCAUACCCUGCUUUACUCGACAUAGCGUAAUUGGCCCAGUGCCAAAAGUCUCAUUUCAACAUUUGAAGAAGUAAUACAAUCAAAUUUCGUCAUGUCCAUUUCAAUAUGGGACAAUCUUCCUCGAGAAAUUUGGGAGAAGAUACUAGAUUCUCUGGAUACCCAUGGGCUCCAACAAGCCCAAAAUACCUGCGCAUCCUGGCGCGAAAUCGUUCUCGCUUACAUUAUGAAUGGACGGUUGGGAAAUCGUGCUUUGUUAUUAGAGAGGCUCCAAUUUGUGGACAAUGGGUUGUUCCACAAAAGAAAUAUUUGCAAUACGCUCUCCUUAAGGGUGACGCCUAAAUCAGUAAUUCUAAUUGGGGUGGGGGUGUAUGGGGGAACAGAUGAGGAAUUGUUGGACGAAUCCCUCAAUAUCACCUUUGACCGGACCACAACUACAGUUAACGUUUUUGAAAAAGCAACGGGAAAUCUGGUUGCCAAUCAAAAGUCCAUAUGGAGCACUAAAAAUGCCAGACGUUAUGCUCGAUCUCAAAAACCAAUGCCAAAUACGUAUCCAGUUUUCUUUGGAACACCCUGUUUGCUGACUAAGGGGCAAGCCUACUUAGUGGAACAAAGCAUACAACCUACAGAUGUUCAGAAUCAUUUUUCCGGUUGGCCUGUGACGAUUCUUGGGGCUGAGAUCUGGACUUGUCACGGAGAUCAAGGCUCACAACUGAUUGAAACGGUUCAUCAAGUUCAAUUUGAGUUUAUGGAGAGUGAGCGUGGCCGAAGUUGCCACUCUGAAGGUCAAAUGCCCUAUCUUUUAUGGUGGAUCCUCUAAACCCUAACUUGUCUUAAAGUAGAAACUGGAUCGGAGGCGUCAUUCGGAAUCAGACGCUCCUGGAUCUUUGUUGGAACAUCGUAAUUGCACGUGGGAUUCAUUAUUGGUUCAAGUCGAUCGACCCAUACUUCUUACUGGAAUGGGUGUCUACGCACCUCAAGGGGCCUCUGAAACGAUCAUAUCGGUGGAUGCAAGGCCUUUUGUUUUUCCAUUGCGGCCUUUGGAUGUGGAAACAAAGCUGAACUCCGAGUUUGAAGACAGUACCAACAAGGUCAUUGGCAUUUUUGCCAAGGUACGUGUAUAUACAAAGAGUUCAGCUGACUAGUCGACGAAUCUCGCUUCAUUGGCAGGCCGAAAUGGUCUUCGUGCCCUCGACCAUUAACAACUCGGUGUACUUAAAAAAUGACUUUGACAGAAACAGGAGCGACUUUCUACGACCAAAAUAUGUGAAUCUUUUCGACCUUGUUUCUCUUCAGGUUCCAUUUGUAAUUGAUUCAAACUCCUUGUGGGAAAUGGCCCUUAAUAUUUCAACCUCUCGCUCUGCAUUUUCAAAUAGAACAAUUUGGAGCCAAAGUGGCUCAUACCACAAUCGUGUGGAAUCCAAUGGAACCUAUUUUACCUUCUGUUCUAGCGAAAAAAGCUUUCCUUGGCGAUCGUCAUCAAUAGACGGCCAAUUUCCGUUUCUAUUUUUUUGGAAGUUAUGAAGCAUUCACUAAAUCCCAUUGUAACUUAGAUAAUUCCUUGUCACCUUAACAACAAUAUUUCCACAUUGAUAAAUAAAGGAAUGCAUGUCCAUAA